GCCGCCCUUGUCAGUGUGGCCUGGCUCCUACGCACAUUCGGGUUGAGGGGCACCCUGGCACCUGUCGGACGCAUCGUGCCAAAACUGCUGCCCCUGACCGUGUCGGGUCCAGGGAGGGCCAUGGUUUCCCUGGCCGGGUCCUCUGCGACCAACUACCUGCGGUUUUUGUUCCUGGGACUGAGUACCCUUGCGUCCCUCUUGUCCUUCUCGCUGGCCCAGUUGGAGCUUCAAGUGCCCCCCGGCCUCACAGAGUUGCAGGCAAUAGAGGGAGAAGAUGUGGUGCUGCCGGCCUGGUACACGAUGCGUGGGGAGAGUCCUUCUGCCCAGCCGUGGGAGGUUCCCCUCCUGAUUUGGUUCUUUCAACAAAAAGGAAAGGAUCUAGACCAGGUGCUGUCCUAUAUCAAUAAGGCCUUAUCAAGCAAACCUCGAGUAUCCCUCGUCCAUGCUAUGCCCUCACGGAACGUGUCUCUAAGGCUGCAGGCCCUCCGGGAGGAAGACUCUGGCACAUACCGCUGUUCUGUGACCGUGCAAUACGGUCAAGAUACAAGCAGUGACCACAGCAGCAAAAGUAUAGAACUGAAUGUUCUGGUUCCUCCAGCAACUCCUUCCUGCCAUGUUCUGGGUGUACCCCGUGUGGGGACCAAUGUAACCCUAAACUGCCAGUCCCCACGGGGUAAGCCUGUUGUACAAUACCAGUGGGAGAGGCUGCCUCCAUCCUCCCAGGUUUUCUUCCCACCAGUUUCAGAUCCUACUUAUGGGUCCUUAAAGCUCACCAACCUUUCCACCUCCAUGUCUGGAGUCUAUGUCUGCAAGGCCCACAAUAAGGUUGGCAGUGCCAAGUGCAACGUGACCCUGGAAGUGAUCUCAGGGCCCACAGCUGCAGUGGUUGCUGGAGCUGUUGUGGGCACUCUGGUUGGAUUGGUCCUGCUGGCUGGACUUAUCCUCUUGUACCAACGCCGGGGCAAGACCAAGGAGGAGCUGGCCAAUGAGAUCAAGGAGGAUGCCAUUGCUCCCCGGACUCUACCUUGGCCCAAAGGAUCAGACACAAUCUCCAAGAAUGGGACACUUUCCUCUGUCACAUCAGCACGAGCCCUCCGGCCAUCCCACGCUCCUCCUCCCAGGCCUGGUGCAUUCACCCCCACACCUAGUCUGUCUAGCCAGGCCCUGUCUUCACCAAGACUGCCCAGGACAGAUGGACCCCACCCUCAGCCAGUAUCUCUAAGCCCUGGUGGCAUUUCUUCCUCUGUUCUUAGCCGCAUGGGUGCUAUGCCCGUGAUGGUACCGGCCCAGAGUCAGGCUGGCUCUCUGGUGUGAUGACCCAGACACUUAUUGGCUAAACCAUCUGGCAUCUCUCCUUCCUGUAAGAGUCACCUGGAGGUCAUAGAGGCCUGAGUCUUGGGAGGGUAGCCACCCUCCUUUAGUCCUGUACUCCAUCUUCCUUUGCUGUGGAAAAACUGGGUCUCAGUAAGACCAAAUGUUUAGAAGGUCAAAAGAGAAAAAGAAGUGGACCUGAGAUUUGGGAGAGGCCUCACCCUGGCCCUCCUCUCUAUGAGGCUAGCUGAAUGCUGCCAAGAUUGGCUACCUUUUUCAUGGCUCUGGAGGAGACUACUAGUCAAUGAGCUCCCUGGCUCUGUGAUCUGUACCUCACCUUUAUCUAAUACCGUCCUUUGCUACCGCGGUAGCUCCCUGUAUUAAUAUAACCUGUCCUGCUGGCUUGGUUAGGUUUUGUUGGAGCAAGAGAUAGGGAACAUGGUUUAAAAACUAACUUGAAAUCUGUGUUUGUUUUAUUUUGCAAAUUUCAAUAAAUGUGCAUUACAUUUGUAUGGAC